AUGGGGAAUGCAGAUCAAGUGCUGAGGGACCAGUUUGUGACAGGGUUGCAGGAUGCAGAUUUAAGGCAGAAUUUGAACCGCUUGAUCCGCCGGAGGGAACUUAAGACGUUUGAUCAGGUGCGAACCGAGGUUCUCUGGGCAGAGGAGGAUCGUCAGGCCAUGGUUUGGCAGCCACCGGCUUGUGCACAGGUUUCAGCUAACAGGGCUCUGGAUGGGAGAGAAGAUGAUUGGAAGGCAAAGUUGCAGGAGGAGCUGCUACAGGAAGUUCGUGGGCAGUUUGAAGAACUGCAGAACAAAGUGAUGUCGGAGCUGCGGGACCUAAGGGCUGGAGCGGACUCUAGGAUGCAGGGGAUUGAGCCAAUGCCCCAAGGGAUCUUUAAACUAGAUCGUCCAGACACCAGGGCCCAGGUGUCUGGAGUGGAGUUGCAGGGCCUCAGUCAGUCUUCAGAGGUUUUAGUUGGGACUUGCCCUUUGGUGACGGUUGGUUUUAAUGGGAUGGAGGUAGAAUGUUUAUUGGAUACAGGGUCAGAGGUGAGUUUAUUGCCUGAGAAUGUCUUUGACAAACUUCCAGGGAGAGAUGAGAGGGUUGUGGGGGAGGCUACAUGGUUGACUUUACGGGCCGCGAAUGGGCUAGAGAUCCCUUAUGUGGGCUAUGCCCUUGUAGAUGUGAAGGUGGGUGGAUUAUUGCUGCCCAAGAAGGGAGUGGUAGUAGUAAAGGAUUUAAAAUCAUGCCAGCAGCCCAUUUUGGGGAUGAACAUCAUUGGGGCAUGCUGGAAGGAACUGUUGGCGAAAUCCCUCUCUCAGUCUGAUUUCCUUUCAGGACAAGUGGACUUCCAAAGUCACCACGGGUGGGCCAAGGCUUUGGCACAUUGUAAGAGGGUGGUAGCGGAGGCGGAGGACAUCCAGCCAGGGCAUGUAUGGAUAGGACAGCGCAAGGGUGUGAUCGUGCCCGGCCAGAGCGAGAUGGUUCUAGCAGCCCGAGUGUUUGGACCUAGGGUGCAAACUGGGGUGUAUGGGCUGGUGGAGCCAUUGGAGGGAGGGGGAUCAGUGGAUGUUGCCCGGAGUGUAGUUAAGAUCGAAGGCGGUAGGGUCCUCCUCCAGGUAAGGAACCUGCACCCGGCUCCAGUACAGCUCCACAGGCAUCAGAAGUUGGCGCGAGUGACCCAGCUGAGGCCUGCAGAUAUUGUUGACCCGGUGGUCACCCUGCGAGAGGUAGAGGGAGGUGUGAUUGAGGUAGGUGUAAGGGCAGCGAAUGUGGAGCCGGCGGGGAUGAUGCCUUUGUUGCAGGAAUUGAUUGAUCGGUGUGAGGGAUUGAUGGAGGAAGAACGGGAACAAGUACAAGGGCUGGUGACUACGUGGGCAGGUGUGUUCUCCUCAGGAGACCACGACCUGGGUAGUACAGAUGCGGUACGGCACACGAUUCCCACAGGUAAUGGCGCCCCUGUUCGGGAAAGAUAUCGUCCAGUUCCACCUACCCUGUAUCAGGAAAUGAACCAGCUGUUGCAGGGCAUGUUAUCCACAGGUGUGAUUCGAGAGAGCAGCAGCCCGUGGGCAGCACCCGUAGUCCUGGUCCGUAAGAAGGAUGGUGCACUGCGCUUCUGUGUCGAUUAUAGGAAGCUAAAUGCAAUCACUCACAAGGAUGCUUAUCCCCUGCCCCGAAUCGAGGAGGCCCUCACCAACCUUAAGCAGGCAAAGUACUUCUCAACCUUGGAUUUGGCCAGCGGCUAUUGGCAAGUAGCAAUGGACCAAGGGGACCGGGAGAAGACUGCGUUUGCCACCCCUAUGGGUCUGUUCGAAUUUGAGAAGAUGGCCUUUGGCUUGUGCAAUGCCCCGGCAACCUUUCAGCGACUCAUGCAGCGAUGUUUGGGGGACCUGGGGACUGAUAAAGUGUUGGUAUACCUUGAUGAUGUGAUAAUAUUUUCUGUCACAUUCAAGGAACACCUGGGACUUUUAGAGAAGGUGUUGAGCCGGCUUGGUGGCUAUGGGCUAAAGUUGAAGCCGCAGAAGUGUAAGCUGUUUCAGCACCAGGUCCAGCUCCUAGGCCAUGUGGUGGACGAGGCUGGGGUCCAUCCGGAUCCAGAGAAGAUCAGGGCCGUGACAGAGUGGCAACCCCCAAAGACAGUGCGGGAGGUGAGGUCUUUCCUGGGCUUUGCGGGGUACUAUCGAAGGUUUAUCAAGGGAUUUGCAAAGAUUGCUCGACCCCUGCACGCAUUGUUAGUUGGAAUGGCAAAAAAGGGGCAGGCACCCGUUGUGUGGACUGAGGAGUGCAGUCAGGCCUUUGUUAGUUUGAAGGAGAGGUUGACCCAAGCGCCUGUGCUGGCCUUCGCAGAUUUUUCAUUACCUUUCCGGCUGUACACCGAUGCGAGCCUUGAAGGCCUAGGGGCGGUAUUGGCCCAAGUCCAGGAUGGACAAGAGCACGUUAUAGCGUAUGCUAGCCGUAGUUUGCACCCGGCCGAGAAGAAGGACUCAAAUUAUAGUUCGUUUAAACUGGAGCUCCUGGCCCUGAAAUGGGCUGUGACGGAGAAGUUUAAGGACUAUCUAUGGGGGGCUCAGUUUACUGUGUACACUGACAAUAAUCCUUUGGCACACCUGAGAACGGCUCGAUUAGGGGCGACGGAACAACGUUGGAUGGCCCAGUUGGAGAAUUACACCUUUGACCUCAAGUAUCGGCCGGGGAAGGAGAAUGUUAAUGCAGAUGUGUUGUCCCGGAGGCCGGAUGCAGUGGAAGAUGAUGGAGCGACUCCAUUGCCAAGAGUCCAAGUCCAGCAGAGAAGUAUACAGGUGGAGGAGGAGCCAAGCUGGGGGUGGGACCCCGCACGAUGGAAAAAGCUUCAAAGUCAAGACGUGGCUCUGAGGCAGUUGGCAGAGUAUGUGUCCAGAGGACAUCUUCCUGAUGGGACUGAGAGGAAGCGGGCAGGUGAGGUGGUGCGUAAACUAUUGAGACACUGGCCCCGCUUGUCAUUGAGGGAAGGGGUAUUGAUGAGGAGAAUCCAGGACUCCGCCACUCUGGAGGUUCAUGGGCAGAUACUGGUUCCCCUCUCUGGGAGGAAGGCAGUAUGGGAGGAGGUCCAUGUCCAGGUAGGCCAUUUGGGAGGAGAGAAGACCCUUUCAGUCCUCCGUAGGCGAUUCUUUUGGCUGAACAUGGAAACGGACAAUAGAGAUUGGAUUGCUGCGUGUGAGAGGUGUGUCGUCGGCAAGUCCCGGACUGAAGGCAAGGCCCCCCUGGUCCCCAUUGUGACCUCUGCUCCCUUGGAGGUGGUGGGUUUCACUCCUCAUUAUGUCAUGUUUGGCACCCAGGCGCGGCUCCCGUUGGAUUUAGUGUUAGGAACGUGGACCGGGCAGGAGCAGGUGUCUGUAGAGGGGUGGGUACAGCAGCAUCACCAGCGGUUGGUCAGGGCCUAUCAGAAAGUGAUUGAGCAUUCUGCCAGGGCCAGUGAUCACCAGGCUGGGGCAGACGGAACCGGGCUUGUGGGGAUCAUCUUUUGCACGGACAUUGCCUGGCCCCGCUGA